UAAAUGCACAUUAACCGCACGGCGAAUCGAACUUUAUUGCAGUUGGCUUGGAGAGAGAGACAGAGAGAUUCGUGAAGAAAGAAGAGAUGGCCCGUACUAAGCAAACUGCCCGUAAGUCAACUGGAGGAAAGGCUCCUAGGAAGCAACUCGCUACCAAGGCUGCUCGUAAGUCUGCCCCAACUACAGGAGGAGUGAAGAAGCCUCAUCGUUACCGCCCUGGUACUGUUGCUCUUCGUGAAAUUCGUAAGUACCAGAAGAGUACUGAGCUCUUGAUAAGGAAACUCCCCUUCCAGAGGCUUGUUCGUGAAAUUGCUCAGGAUUUUAAGACUGAUCUGCGUUUCCAGAGCCAUGCAGUGCUGGCCCUGCAGGAGGCUGCUGAAGCAUACCUUGUUGGUCUAUUUGAGGAUACCAACCUGUGUGCCAUCCAUGCCAAGCGUGUUACCAUUAUGCCCAAGGACAUCCAGCUUGCUAGGAGGAUCAGGGGUGAACGUGCCUGAGUAUUGAAAUGGGGAAGGAUAGUUGUGGUUUUAGUUUUAUGUGUUGUUGAUUUGUUCAGUCAAAACUUGUUUAGGCGGGUAGACAUUAGUUGGGUCUGGUAGAAUGAUGGCUUUGUAAUGCUAAGGUUUCAUAACUGGUAGUGUUUGUCUGAUCAGAGACAUGAAUUUGUGGUUUUUUUUUACAGCUUCUACCAUAUUUUGUGGUACUGAAUACUGAUGCCUACUAUUGUUUCUAUGGAGUUUAGUGUUGCAGUUUUUACUUUAA